AUGCCAUUUUCCAAGGGCUUCGCUCCCGGCUCCUGGUCUCAAGUGGCAGUCGAGCUAACGCAUCCAAACGGUCGCGUCCUUGGAAUCGACAUUAUUCCCGCUCAGCCCCCCAAAGGAGUUUCCACAAUUCAGGGUAAUUUUCUUUCCCCCCGAGUUCAGGCAUAUGUGCGAGAAUUCCUUCGGAAUCCCGAACGGGGUAGACCACGCAGGGAAAAUUGUAUACCUACCUCGAACCGUGAACAACCCACGGUGAAGAAUGAAGUAGAGGGUUUCGAGCCAGGGUAUAUUGACCGAGAAAGAGGCAAAAGCGAACUCAUCACGGAGGAACCUUGCGUUGACGAUACAUCACCGAUGUUUGGCAACGAUGGAACUGUUGAUGUUGUUCUAAGUGAUAUGUCUGCUCCCUGGCAGCCAACCACCGGUUUUUGGAAAAGAAGUCUUAAUGACCCGUAUCAUAGGAUGUUGAAUACGAGCGGUCUCAAUGUUCGAGACCACUCCGGGAGUAUGGGUUCGGAGGACCAACUGUUGGAGAAUCGUCUACGAUCGCUUUUUCAAAAGGUAUACAGGGAGAAGCCUGAUUCAUCGCGCAAGGUUGGACCCUCGAUCCCAUUUAUACAUGUUCUAGACUAA